AUGGAAAAGUCCGGCUAUGGCAGAGACGGAAUCUACAGAUCACUUCGUCCAACGCUCGUUCUCCCCAAAGAUCCGAACACAUCGUUAGUCUCUUUCCUCUUCCGUAACUCAUCAUCUUACCCUUCCAAGCUUGCUCUCGCCGAUUCAGAUACUGGCGAAACCUUAACCUUCUCUCAGCUCAAAUCCGCCGUCGCUAGACUAGCUCACGGGUUCCAACGUCUAGGCGUUCGCAAAAACGACGUCCUACUGAUCUUCGCUCCUAAUUCGUACCAGUUCCCUCUCUGUUUCCUCGCCGUAACUGCCAUCGGAGGCGUUUUCACCACCGCAAAUCCUCUUUACACCGUGAAUGAGGUUUCGAAACAGGUAAAGGAUUCGAAUCCGAAGAUGAUUAUCUCCGUUAAUCAAUUGUUCGAUAAGGUCAAGGGUUUUGAUCUUCCCGUUGUGCUACUCGGAUCUGGAGAUUCCGUAAAGAUUCCGGAAUCGAAUUCGAAGGUUCUCAGUUUCAAUAACGUGAUGGAGCUCUCCGAGCCAGUUUCUGCGUUCCCGUACGUUGAGAUUAAGCAAUCGGAUACAGCUGCGCUGUUGUAUUCGUCAGGAACUACAGGAACAAGCAAAGGCGUGGAGUUAACUCAUGGGAAUUUCAUAGCUGCGUCGUUGAUGGUGACCAUGGAUCAAGAUCUUAUGAGAGAGUAUCACGGCGUGUACUUGUGUUUUCUUCCAAUGUUUCAUGUGUUUGGGUUGACUGUGAUUGCUUACUCUCAGCUUCAGAGAGGGAAUGCUUUGGUUUCCAUGGCGAGAUUUGAGCUUGAGUUGGUUCUUAAGAACAUUGAGAAGUAUAGAGUUACUCAUCUUUGGGUUGUUCCUCCUGUGUUUCUUGCUCUUUCCAAGCAAAGUAUUGUGAAAAAGUUUGAUCUUUCUUCACUUAAAUACAUUGGGUCAGGAGCUGCUCCUCUGGGUAAAGACUUGAUGGAGGAGUGUGGAAGAAACAUCCCUAAUGUUUUGCUUAUGCAGGGAUAUGGAAUGACUGAAACGUGUGGAAUAGUCUCUGUGGAAGACCCGAGACUAGGGAAACGGAACUCUGGAUCAGCUGGAAUGCUUGCUCCAGGUGUUGAAGCUCAGAUAGUGAGUGUAGAAACUGCAAAACUUCAGCCUCCUAAUCAAUUAGGGGAAAUUUGGGUUCGAGGGCCUAACAUGAUGAAAGGUUAUCUCAAUAACCCUCAGGCUACCAAAGAAACAAUAGAUAAAAAAGGUUGGGUACAUACUGGAGAUCUUGGUUACUUCAACGAAGAAGGCAACCUCUAUGUUGUUGAUCGAAUCAAAGAACUAAUCAAAUACAAAGGCUUCCAGGUUGCUCCAGCUGAACUAGAAGGUCUACUUGUAUCCCAUCCCGAAAUACUAGACGCUGUUGUUAUCCCGUUCCCGGAUGAAGAAGCAGGUGAAGUUCCAAUUGCAUUUGUUGUCCGAUCACCAAAUAGUUCAAUAACAGAGCAAGAUAUUCAAAAGUUCAUAGCCAAACAGGUCGCUCCUUACAAAAGAUUACGACGAGUGAGCUUCAUUAACAGUGUUCCAAAAUCAGCUGCUGGUAAAAUCUUGAGAAGAGAACUUGUUCAGCAAGUAAGAUCCAAGAUGUGAAGAAUCUUUUAUAACCGGAGACAGAACUCAGAAGUCUCUGUGUUGCCUUGUCCUUUUCACCAUAUUUAUGUACCAUCAUUUCACAUCAAACAGUUACUCAACCCACGAAGUGGAAAAAAAUAAUCCUAUACCAAAUAUAUACAUUUUUUUUUUUUUCAAAAGUAGCUAUAACUUUAUUAAGUUCAGCGUUUUUCAUUUCUUGAACUUUUUGUAAGAUUAUGUGUGUGUGCGUGCGGGUAUCUAAAGUUUGGAGAAAAUAAAAAGUAGAUAAUUUGGUA